AUGAAGAGUCUAUUCUUCUUUGGAAAGAAGAAAGAAGAUCGGCCAAGGCUCUCUUCAAAAUUAGCACUAGCUAAAGUAGUGCAUGGUGGUUCUUUUCAGUCUGGAUUUGAAGAGCACUACUUUUUAGGAAAGAAGUUGGGUUCAGGGAGCUUCGCUGUUGUAAAAGAAUGCACUCGAAAGACAGAUUCUAAAAAGUUUGCAGUCAAAAUCAUUGACAAAGUACCUCUGAAAGGCAAAGAUGAGAUGUUGCGCACCGAAAUCCAAGUCCUGGAAAUGAUUGACCACCCAAAUAUUAUUGGCUUGAGAGACAAGUACGAGACCCCCUCACACAUGUAUCUCGUAACGGAUCUGGCUACUGGAGGUGAACUGUUUGAACAGAUCGUCAAGAAGGGAAGCUAUACAGAAGGAGAUGCUGCCAAGAUUGUUCGAGAGCUGUUUGACGCUACUGCUUACUUGCACGAACUAGAUAUUGUACAUCGGGAUCUGAAACCAGAAAAUCUCUUGUUUAGAGAUACAUCUGACAGCGCUGAUAUUAUGAUAACAGAUUUCGGACUAUCGAGAGUGGUAGAUUCUGAUGUUUAUCUCAAAACCGCAUGUGGCACUCCAGACUAUGUAGCUCCUGAAGUCCUGAAACAAAUGGGUCAUGGAAAACCUGUUGAUGUAUGGGCGCUAGGGGUGAUAACGUAUGUCCUGCUAUGUGGAUUUACACCGUUUUGGGGUGAAGAUCAACCAGCACUAUUCGAAGCCAUAGUAAAAUGUCGCUAUGAGUAUGAAGAAGAGUAUUGGGGAAACGUAUCUGAUAACGCCAAGGAUUUCAUUAACAAGUGCUUGACUGUGGAUCCUUCGAAACGACCCACAGCACAAGAAGCCAUUGAUCAUCCAUGGUUGGCUUCUGAGUCCAAAACGGAUCUGCUGCCUACUGUCAGAAAGGGGUUCAACGCAAGGAGGCAAUGGGGAAAAGCUAUCAGCGCUGUGCGUGGUGUCUCUCGACUGGGAACUCUGGUCGAUAUGUCGAUGAGAUCGAAGAGCACAGAUGACUCGCUGACCACUGAUUCUGCUAGUUCAACAUCAACACAACAAGAAGACAAGGACAAGAAGUUAAUAGAUGUUUUAGCGAAACUCAAAUCCAAUAUAGGCCACUUGGAGUCAGUUGUCGCCAACAUCAACCUCAAUUAUGCCACACCUCUUGUUGGAAGGACAGCCUUGACAGUCCAAGGCUUUAGUGGUAGCAUCCCUAGCAGAUUCGUUUUAACCAUGGUUGUGGUGGCCGGUGAUGCUUAUAGGAAGGUGAUAUGUGCAGCAGAUGCUGUACGUGUGUGGAAUGUAACAUAA